UUUAACCCUUCAAUUGAGCGUCCACUCACCAUCUUCUUAAACACCUGCGAUGUUGUUGAAGUUUAGUGACUAGUUUGUUUGGUGUAUUAAACCAGAUCUUUAUCAUAACUAAAAAUGGGUGAACUAGAUCAGCUGCGUCAGGAAACAGAACAGCUUAAAAGUCAAAUUAGAGAGGCACGGAGAGUUGCAGCUGAUACUACAUUACAACAGGCAACGGUUAAUGUGGAGUAUAUCAGUCGUACUCAGUUGCGCAGCAGACGGACAUUACGUGGACACUUGGCAAAAAUUUAUGCUAUGCACUGGUGCUCAGAUUCCCGAAACUUAGUUUCAGCUUCUCAGGACGGGAAGUUAAUAGUUUGGGAUGGAUAUACUACCAACAAAGUGAGUUUGUAAAGCACAGCGGGAAGUCGAUUAUGUUGUUUCUGUUUUGAGAUAUUUUUUUAGCGUCACUUAUUCUCGUCACAACCCAACUUCAUAGUUUAAUAAUCCACAGACUUGGAAAGAGAUAUCCUGCCAGUCGUUUCGUAGUGCGAAUAAUCCUUAUCAACUAGUGUCGCGUUUUACUACUAUUACGUGCUUAUUCCUGUUAAUUUGUCCUCUCGAACAGGAUACCAAAGUUAAUUAAUAACCUUAUUGUACAGUUGCUGUCUAUAAAUCUACGUCUUUCAUAACCAUCCCCAAACAUCAUAACGUAUUUUCACCACCUUGGAGAUCCUAGGUAUGCUUAAAGUUGUAUUUCAAGAUACUGUCACUGAUUAUGUCAUCAAUGUCGGAAUUAAACGCUAUAGACUACCAGACUCAGUAAUUCAGUCUUGACCCUAAAGUCAAUGACAAUAAUCGGUUCCCUGAGUUCCUUCAUAGAAAUUGUUUACUAGUCUCAUUAUUUACGAAAGGCUACUAGAUUUGCAGGAAAUUACUCAUUGUGCUAGAGAAAACACCACAGAUUUAAAAGCGAACCCAGUUAACUGUACAUCGCUUAUGAAAAAAAACAUAACGGAAAUUACGAACAAGAAUGAAUGUCGGAAAUGGCUUUUUCAUUCUGCAGUAGCUUGGUGUCUCAUAUAUAUAUAUAUAUACCGAUCUGCUUUACUUUGUAAAUAUGACUUAGUUCUGAGCGAUUUUCCAAUUUAUUACUAGUGUUAGAGGUAUACUUUCAGUUCCAAGUCGUGUGCUCAUUAUGAGUGGGUUCUCCGUUGUUAAGCUUCAGAUUGGUAUUUGAAUUAGUGACGAAAUGCCAGAACACACCGAUUCCCUACAUAAACUACUUUCGAACCAUAGUUGUCAACACUAAUAAAUGCAACUAUCCCAUUAUUUCUUACCUUUUGUUCGUACCUUCUGUAAUGGCUUGUGCGCUUUUUGUUUCCAAUCAAAUUCAAGCUUGAGGAUUGGUGUUGUGAAAGCACUUCAAAUUAAAUCACACUAUUCACGGUAUUGUAAGUGUUCAAAACCAAAUUAUGUAAUAUCACGCAGUUUGGUCAAGCUUAAUUGGAUAACAAAGGCUUUACAUAUUUUGUGGAUUCAUAUUGUGCCGAUUCGCCAUGUUUCCUACCCAUCCCCUAAUUCUCAAAACCAGGUAACUUGGGGAAGCUUCAGUCUCUGUAGUCACUGUGAAGUAAAAUCUCUACUGCUUCAACCCUUAUCAUAUACGAAAGCUAGAUUUUCGGGGUUUCUGGAAACCUACAAAAUGACUAUCGUUUAACAUUCGACAUAACUAAUACCUGGUUCAUCAUUUGAAUAACCCCUGGUUGAUAUCGUAUUCUAAACAGUUUGCAGAUUUUGACUCGAAAUAUCUAAAAAUAUCAGUUGAGCCUUAGAAAAAUACUCAUUCACUUGUUUGAUACUUAUCUCUCAGAUUAGCUAACAUGUAACUUUUAUGAUUUAGGUUUGUUUAUUUAUUCCUUGUUUAAGAAGAUAUUAAACGUCAACUUUACUCAUUCUCAUAUGUUGAUUAUUUUAGGUUCAUGCCAUUCCUUUGAGGAGCAGUUGGGUCAUGACAUGUGCCUACUCUCCAUCCGGAAAUUAUGUAGCCUGUGGUGGUUUAGACAAUAUAUGUUCAAUCUAUAGCCUCAAGACUAGAGAAGGUAACGUUCGAGUUAGUCGAGAACUCCCUGGUCAUACUGGUUAUUUAUCAUGUUGUCGUUUCGUGAAUGAUAGUCAGAUAGUUACAACUUCAGGUGAUGGUACUUGCGCUCUUUGGGAUAUCGAGACUGGUCAACAAAUCGCCUCAUUUACAGGGCACACAGGUGAUGUAAUGAGCUUAAGUUUAGCACCUAAUCUCCAAACAUUUAUUUCGGGUGCAUGUGAUGCUUCUGCAAAGCUAUGGGAUUUAAGAGAUGGCCAAUGUAAGCAAACAUUUCCAGGCCAUGAAUCUGAUAUCAAUGCUAUUAUCUAUUUUCCUAACGGGAUGUCAUUUGCUACAGGUAGCGAUGAUGCUACUUGUCGCCUAUUUGAUAUACGUUCUGACCAAGAAGUUGGAAUGUAUAGCCAUGAUAAUAUUAUAUGUGGUAUCACAAGUGUAGCUUUUAGCAAAAGUGGUCGACUUCUACUCGGUGGAUACGAUGAUUUUAACUGCAAUAUUUGGGACACAUUAAAACAGGAACGUUGUGGCGUUCUAGCGGGUCAUGAUAACCGCGUUUCUUGUCUCGGUGUUUCCGAAGAUGGAAUGGCAGUAUGUACGGGGUCGUGGGAUAGCUUUCUAAGAAUAUGGAAUUAAAUAACGUUUUGACGUAACAAUACUGGCACAACUCUUUCAAUAUAAAUACAACCGAUUUCCAACAAUUUCAACACAGUAUGAGUCCUUAUUUAUUUUCUUUGCAUAAACUUUGUUCGGCCUGUUAUUAAUGGUUUUGGGUUUAUUUUCCUGGACUGAUCUACCUACAGCUUUAUUUUCAAUAUAUUUCCUCGAAAAAAUAGGUUAACUUCAUUAAAGGAAUUAUUUAAGCUUAACGUUGUUCUAAAACUUCCUUACUAUUAUAACUAGUAUAUGAACUUAAAGCAUUUCUUUGCUUCUACUUAUGGCCCAACCCAUUACAAAUUUUAAUUGUAUGAUUCAUUCGUUUGUUCAUUGAGACUGUACUGUUUGUUGUUGUUGAUAUUAUUAUUUUCCCUUUCACUCCGAGUUAUUGCGCCAAAUACAUGCUUUUGUUGCGCAUAUUAUUUUUUAUUGUUGUUUUGCAAAUUAUGAAUGCUUUUUUAUGGUCCUGCUCCCUCCUUGUAAAGCUGACUUAUGCCUAAUUUCCUGGUUUGUUUAUUUAAUUUGGCUUUUUGUAUAUUUAUGAAACUAGUCAUUUCUUAUUCCCCCGUUUAUACAUAUGCAUAAAACGCCCUUUGGAUUAUAAUAUGCCUUCAUGUUUCAAUGUUUCUUUUUAUUUUAAUCAGUUUAUGUUAGGAAUACAAUUGGAAUUUCUCUGAGUGUUAUUUUCCAAAAUUAUUUGUAAUCAAAUAAUUACUGGGUUUGUUUAGAUAACAUUUAUUGCUUUUCAUAAAUUGGUAUUUUAAGGUG